GAGAGCGUCGGCUGCUGUGUGGCAGAAUGGAGAGGAAGAUGGAGGAGAGCGCGGUUAGAGACGGCGACACUGCAGGAAGUGAAGCCGGAGGAGAGGAAGCCCUGGUGGGGAAUGUGACCAAACUGACGGUCAGCCCACCAGGAUACUCAGGAGCUCUACGAAAAGGACACCUGGUGUUUGAUGCUUGCUUUGAGAGCGGAAACCUCGGCCGUGUUGACUACAUCAGUGAAUUCGAGUUUGACCUCUUCAUCCGGCCCGACACCUGCAACCCCCGCUUCAGAGUCUGGUUCAACUUCACAGUGGAGAAUGUCCGUGAGACACAGAGAGUCAUUUUCAAUGUGGUCAACUUCUCCAAGACCAAGAGCCUGUACAGAGAUGGCAUGUCUCCUGUGGUGAAGUCCACCAGCAGACCUAAAUGGCAGAGGCUCCCCGCCAAAAACGUGUACUACUACCGCUGCCCUGACCACCGGCGCAACUACGUCAUGUCCUUCGCCUUCUGCUUCGACAGAGAGGACGAUGUUUACCAGUUUGCUUACUGCUACCCCUACACCUACUCCAGACUGCAGCACUACCUGGCCAGCCUGGAACGCAGGAACCUGCCCUACCUGCAGAGGGAGCAACUGGGACUCAGUGUGCAACAGCGGCGUCUCGACCUGUUAACCAUCACCAACUCAGACCACCUGAGUCCGGAUAGGGAGAAGAAGCUGGUCUUUCUUACGUCUCGUGUUCACCCUGGAGAGUCUCCGGCCUCCUUCAUCUGUCAAGGUGUGAUUGACUUCCUGGUGAGCCAACAUCCUGUGGCUCAGAUCCUGAGAGAUCAUGUGAUCUUCAAGAUCGUCCCCAUGCUAAACCCUGAUGGGGUCUACCUGGGCAACUACAGGUGUUCGCUGAUGGGCUUCGACUUGAAUCGCCACUGGCAGGAUCCCUCUCCAUGGGCCCACCCCACGCUGCACGCUGUCAAACAACUCAUAAUGCAGAUGAACCAAGACCCUAGGGUGAGUUUGGAGUUCUACAUUGACGUCCAUGCCCACUCCACCAUGCUGAAUGGCUUCAUGUACGGCAACGUGUUCGAGGAUGAGGAGCGUGUCCAGAGACAGGCAGUCUUCCCCAGGCUGCUGUGCCAAAAUGCACCAGACUUCUCUUUCUCCAACACGUCCUUCAACCGAGAUGUGGUGAAGGCCGGUACCGGUAGACGUUUCCUUGGUGGUCUACUUGACGAUACGUCCUACUGCUACACUCUGGAAGUGUCCUUCUACAGCUACAUGCCGGCUGGCAGCAACGCGCCUGUGCCCUAUACUGAGGAGACAUACAUGAAGCUGGGCAGGAAUGUGGCUCGUACCUUCCUUGAUUACUACAAACUCAGCAACCUUAUCAAGGACAACAGACCAAGUCACAUACAAAGCUCCGAGGUGAAGUCCCCGACAGGCAACGGAAAGGACAAUGGCGUCGGCAGAGACGCAGUGGACAGACAGAGAGAGAAGAGCCAGGGUGACAGGCACUAGACAGACAGACGGACACAGACUGAGCGUGUAUCAAAUGCAAGGCACCGUGGAAGGAGAAUCCUUCACACUUCAUUGCCUUUAGAGGCUCCACAUUUCUCUGGCUUUGAAGACUUAUAUUCACAGACUUGUAACAGUGGGGUUACUGGUAUUUGGAGGAAAUAAAAUCAGAGUGUCCCCCUGAGUUAUUUAAUGAGUAUGAAAUGUGGACUGUUGUAAACGAAGGGAAGACAGACUAUAGCUACCAUCUCUAUCAGACACGUUAUAAAUCAGGAGACAAAACACUUAAAAAAUUCUAAAUAGAAUAGAUCCUAAGGCUCAAGAUGGUGCUUUUAUGACACAUGUGCUGCCGCUCCCAUAAAACAGCAAAUAAAACAGGGAAACUUAGCAAGAAAAUCCUGACAUGUUUCAUGACAGUUUCAACUGAUGAUUAUUAAUCAUCAACUGUAUUUAUUUUAACAGCAGACACAAAAUCCCUCAUUUCUUGAAGUGCUGUGGUGGGAUGAGCUGACAGUGUUGUGUCACAGUACCUUGGAUUGAACCAGAAAAGAGGCUAGUGUCAUGAAACCUUGCACAUAUGUUGUAGAAGUAAAACACACUGAAACGAGGGCAAACUUAUCAAACAUUUGAAGUGUUUUUUUAUUCGGAUUUGACGGUUUUAGACUUAUAACAUAUGGAUUUUUUGUUGUGGUGACCAUUGAAAGUGCAGUUAGAGCUCUUUCCCCGUUCAUUUUAUUCUAAAGUGAAUGUCCAGAGAUGCUACCAAGGUGGCUGCCAAGUGAUGACACUCGCCUAAAAGUACUUUGUUUUGAUUUAAUCUGAGGCCUUCAUUCAGCAGCUCAUAUUUUGUGUAUUUAUAUAUGUUUGUAAAUAGAUGCAUGCUUCUCUGUUGCUCCUGACUUUCUUUAUGACAUGACAUGGAUGAUGUUAUUAUUGUUACACCUGCCAUUAAAAUGUGUUUUUGUUUAUCGCACUGCAAUCACAUAGUGUUUGAUGACAUGAAAGUAAAGGUAUAAAUGCAUCCAAGACACAAUGAGGGCGGAUGGUGAUCCGUUCAGCCCUAAAACGUCUGGUGUUUGGACACAUAAGUGUACAUCCAUUUGCUUUCUUCAUCCAAAUACAACAAGUAGUGUUGACUUGAUUAUUCCUCACGAUUGUUUCAAACCCGCACCAAGGCAGCUAGCAACCAUUAGCCAGUAAACACUUGAAGCCGUCCGCUCUUCAGUCCUGAUGUUUUUCAAGAAUAAAUGUAGGAAAGAAAAGAGCUGAUUUAGUUUUUUU